UAUGUCAAGGAGUUUAAAUGAUGAUGACAAACCUACAAUUCCACUUCCUUAAGCUACAGAUUAAAAGAAACAAGAAAAACUAGCAUAUGAAAGAUAGAUGGCUAAAAUAACUUUAUUGAAAUAGACAGAAUAGAAAAAUUUACAUCUUGUAAAACGUAACUUGAUUUAGGCAGGCUAAGUUAUAUGAGAUGGCAGCAGACAAAAUUGAAAAUGGUAUCUUAGUGAAGAAGCAUUUGUAGGAAUUGGCAGAUGAGGCUAAAUAAAUAAAAGAUGAAAAAAUGAAAAGAAAAAAGUAACAAAUUGAAUCAAUAAAAAAAUGUGAAGAAGACUUCAUUAUUAAAAAAAAAGCAGCAUAAAAGUUAGGGUAUAAUCAAAUAUGCAAUUUUAGAGAUUCAAUGAAACAAUCUUAAGUCAAAGAAUACAAAAGUACAAUGAAAAUGACCUUAAGUAGAACAAGAGAUUGCAUACUUUAAGAGAACCAAAAGAUUAGAGAGGCAUUAUAUUAAGAAGAGAAAGAGAGGAAGAAAAAGAAGGAAGAAACUAAGAAAUUGGAUGAGAUGAAAUCAUAAUAAUUUUAUAAGGAGAGAGUUUCUUAUGAGAGAUUAAUAGAGGAGAAACUAAAAAAGUCAAGAGAAAAAUUGUUUAAGGAUGAAGAGACAUUGAAAGUUCGUUUAAAGGUAUGAUUAGUUGGCAUAAUUAGUAAACAUAAGAUAUGUUGAGUAAAUCUCAAAACAAAUUCAUGGAACUUCAAUCUUGGAGUGGACAGAAGAGAUGAGA